AUGAAUUUGAAUAGUUUAGAAUCAAUUUACUCAUUUCUAAAAGACAUCUGUUGUAUUAUAAAUGAUGGCGGAGGGUCCAAAUACGAGCUGCUGGCCUCUUCUCUAACGUGUGUGGAAUGUAAUGUUGAAGGUGAGAAAUAUUGCCAAGGAAACAAAGUCACUUGUCCUCCUGAAGAAGAUGUUUGUGUUACAACCUUAGAAAGUGACACCAAAGAUGGAAAAGAAAUGGUGACGUUCAGACGGCAUUGUGGGCAAAGGAGAAUGUGUGGUUACUCUGACAGCCUGACCACAGCCUUCGGUAAAAAGAAGCUCAGUAGUACUUGCUGCUUCACCAGUGACUGUUCUCCUCCAUCGCCAACAUUCCCAGCAGGAAAAACUGACAAAAAUGGAGUUUUCUGUAAAUCCUGUGACACUGAGAGGGGAUUGUCUUGUGAAUCAAGCUCCACCAUGGAAUGCACCGGGAACGAGAACAAGUGUGUCCUAAUGACCAACGUGAUGACAGAAGGUUACGCUCUCUCGUGCACAAGGUGUUCGUCUGCUUCUUCCACUACAUGCUCAGGUGACAGCGUGAUUUGCCCUUCUGGUUUUCAGUGUGGAUCGACAUAUGCAGAGAGCACCAGUGGUGGAAAAACUUCUACAAGUUUCACCAGGGGAUGUGUUCCUGAAUCUGAAUGUAACUUCCAGGGAAAUGUCAACGUGAAUGAAGCUAAAUUAGAGACGGCCUAUACUUGCUGCUCUACUGACAACUGCAAUCCUCCUGUUCCUAAAAUAUUAUCCAGCAGUUCUGCGACUAAUGGCCUGGUGUGUCCGUCAUGCGAGUCUGAUUCUGUCUCCAAGUGUGACUCUUCAGCAACCGUAACUUGUAUUGGUAAUAAUAAUAAAUGUAUUUUCACAACAACAAAUAUAACAGCAGGACAAACCUCGCUGUUAUCGAUCACUAAGGGAUGUGCAACAGAAAGCUUCUGUGUCCUUGGGAACCACUCCUAUACUAUUGAAGGUGCAACAACCAACAUUACCAUAGUCUGCUCCAGUGGCCAGACUACAACCGCUACUCCAACCAGUAUCCAGACUACAGCCGCUACUCCAACCAGUAUCCAGACUACAGCCGCUACUCCAGUCCGUGUCGAGAAUGCAGCCAACUAUCCAAUGUGCCCAAGUGGAGGCAUAAGUGUCCAGAAAAUUGUCCUGACUCCGGCCGUUGUGUGUCUUCUACUGCUAAAAUGGCUUUUCUAGAAUAUUUACAGGUCCAUGUGGCCGAUGCUGACGUUCCUGUCAUUGUCAGAUAUUUCCAGAUUGUUUUACUAUAAAAUUUGAAAAUCCAAAUGUCGAAGCCAUGAAGAUGCA